AUGCACAUGCUGCUUUCUACAGAUAGUGGUACUUCCCAGCUUAUGGACAGUAUGCUUGACCUUGUGCCCAAGUACAUCACCGGGCAAGAGAGGAUGCCAGAACAUCUCACAAAAGAUGCUCUCCUGGAUCCUCGGCCUUCCUCGGAAGGCGACGCUGGGAGCACCCUCUCCCCCCCGCCCCCCGCCGCCUCUUGCGGACCAAGCCCGCCGCGGUCUGGCCGAGGCGCGCUCUUCCAGACGGCGCUCCAGAUCUUUUGCCGAGCGGAUGCGCCCCGCGUUGAGGCGCCAGGCAGCUCGUGCGAGCGCAGAUCUGGGAAGACAGAUGUGACAAGAACUCGCGUCUCCCCCGCGCCUGGUCCUCACCGCGACAGUGCUGCCCAGGCCAUGUGGUGGGGUGAAGGCCUGCAGUGCGCUGCAGAGACGGGGUUCAAUCACUCCAGCCUGUGUGACAACCACUUCCAUGGCAAGAGCCAGGAGCAACCACAGAAGACUCCAGAUGGUCUCUGUGCUAUAACUAUCUUCUCAGAUAGCAGUUGUAAGAACUCCUCCUCCUUUUCAGCUGCCCUCUUGGGAACUGUCUGGGUCUUUCUCACUGGUGGAAUACUGCUGAGUUUUUUCUUUCUCAUAUUCACCAUUCACUUCAGAAAGAAUAGGAUUGUGAAGAUGUCCAGUCCCAACCUGAAUAUUGUGACUCUGCUGGGUAGUGGCUUAACUUACUGCAGUGCUUUCCUGUUUGGAAUUGAAAAACAAAAUUCACUGACCAGAUCAUCCAUGGAAAUUCUUGUUCAGGCAAGAGUCUGUUUGUUGUGCAUUGGAGUCACCCUGACUUUUGGCCCCAUCCUAGGAAAAAGCUGGCGUUUGUAUAAAGUGUUCACUCAGCAGGUUCCAGACAAGAGAGUGAUUAUCAAAGAUUUCCAGCUGCUGCUGAUAGUGUCCAUGUUCGUGUUGGUUGACAUCACCUUGCUCUUGGCAUGGAUCUUCUUGGAUCCAGUCCAGUGUCUCCAAAGCCUGAAUGUAGACCUGAAGGUGACUGAGAAAGGCUUGAUCUGCACAGUGAGCCAAGGGUACUUCUGUAUGUCUCUGUACUCCGAUCUUUGGCACAUUCUCUUUCUGGGAUUUAAGGGCAGUCUGUUGAUGUAUGGGGCCUACCUUGCUGGUCUGACAGAUGAUCUCAGCUGCCCACCGGUGAAUCAGUCCUUGACCCUCAUUGUUGGGAUAGUCAUAAUUUUUCUUUCUACUGGAAUUACACUAGUUGUAAAUCGUUUUUUCCACAUGUGGCACAACCUGGUCUUGGGAUUUACCUCAGGAGGAAUCUUUGUUUGCACAUCUGCAAUAAACUGUUUGAUCUUUAUUCCGCAGGUCAGACAAUGGAAGGCCUUUAAAAAAGCUGACAUCAGCAACAUGACCAAAUAUUUUGCCAACUCCAGCAAGAACUUCCACUCCACAAUGUACAGUGAUGAAGAGAUCUACCAGUUGCUUGGGGAAAAGAAUUCCAUGAUGCAGCAGCUUGCAAAGAAAGAUACAGCAAUUGCAAGCCUUCAGGAACAAGUGAACAAUGCCAAUGCGAAGCUGAUGAUACUUAUGGCUAUAGAAGGUAACUGCCAAGCUGUGGAUUCUUCAUCUCCUCCUCCUCCUCAUGCAAUGCAGGCUCACUGUACAGCCAACUGUUCAUCCAUAGCAGCUGAAAACUCAUCAAGAAAUCCCUGUGCAGCUGGCCCAGAGCUGAAGCCAUGGCAAUAUUCUAAGUGCUCAACUUCACAAUACAGAGAGGGGUGGUUUAGUAAAAAAGAUUGCCUUGAUCAUUUAGAAUGGACAAAGCAACAAAACAUACCAGAGGAAUGUACUUCUGAGUGCAGAAUAGUAAAUGAGUGCAAGAUAGAUAAUGAUUCAAGCGUUAAGCAUAGCCAAAAUCAAUGGCUCUCUCAAUAUACUACUUCACUUCAUAUGGGUACCCAGCCUGAUUCACUCAGACAGAGUUUCUCUGCACUGAAUGGAGAAGCAAAGCAAACAUGUACUUCACCCACAAACCAAAAGCAGCUUUCAGGAAUCUGUUACGUGAACAGUGAAAAGUUUGAAGAACUCUUGCAAGAGUCAAGUAUGAACUGCAGUUUCCUUGCCAAAACACCAUCCAGGGGGCCUGAGCAAGAUGCAGAUCAUGAAAUACACAUUGUGGGGCAGCCUCAGGAGAUACUGGCAAACUUUAUGAAGCUUAGCCCUUACAAGACAAGGCAGGAAAAGAGCAUUCCCCUCCACUCCACUUCCAUGGCCCCCAGUUCUUGGUGCAAUGGCAACAAAACAUCCAGCAGGACACAAGAAUACUGCAGAGAUUUAACAGAAUUUUCUUGGACUGCAGCAAGUAAACCCAAGGAUGGAAGUUGCUUGCCUUCUUUGUCAUCCGUAGCACUGAAGAAAACACUUCACUGCGAGGCUGCAAACUGGUCCAGACUUUCACACAGUAGGGGACUCUUAGAUGAAAUGGAGGAUUGUGUGUCCACAUUUUAUCCCAGUCACUCCAGCUGUCAUCGGGAGCAGGGUUUUCUGACACACACAGACCUUGACCCCCUUCCCUCGGAGCACCUUGAUACUGAUUCUGAGAGCAGCUCCUCUUGUGGGAUGCCCCACUGUCACCACAGGCAGUGGUGUGAACUUUGCCACAGCAGCCUGUCUUCCUCUACGGACAGCUGCACCACUGGUGCAGACCCACAGCCUGGCAUGGCUGCAGAGCACUGCGUAGAAUUCCGCAGCAAGUCUCAGCCAAUUGUGAACUUCAGUGAGGAUCUGGAGCCCACCUAUGUGUAA